CAAGAAUCUUCAAAGAUCCGUAUUGCUGCUUAGAGGCCAUGUCUCGCAAGAAUAGGCGACAUCCAGCAAUGUUCUAUGCCGUGGCCCAAGGUGGAAGGCUUGGCAUCUAUACGACCUGGGCCGAAGCAGAAAGAGAAUGCUCCGGUUUUCCAAACAACAGGCACGCACGCUUCAAGACGCGAGCGGAAGCCCAGGCAUAUCUCGAUCGUUUUGUCAGUGCCGACAGUGCCUCAGCAAGACAGCAGGACGACAGUGGCCAGGAGCAGACUGGGCAUCUCCUCUCGCACCAUAGUCAUGACAUUGCGAUGAGAGCAGAGGGAGAUUGGCCGCAAGUAAGGGGCCUCGGCUCUCCUGCCGCCCAAGGCUACAACGCCGGAGGACUCGACAGAGCGCUCGGGCUGGCGGCGGCAGGUCCAACUCUGAACGGACAGUGCUGGAGGAACUCGCCGCUAUUGAGCGAAACUGAUCUAUCGCCACCAUGCGAGGAUCUAGCAGCACAGCGAACACAUCAAGAUCAGGACCGGCUCGCUCGAAUUCAGACUUUGGCCGCACCUCCGUCGCGUGGAUGCUCCCAUGGCCCACAGUGUCCUGCGGGACGCAAUUGUGUAUCCUCGUACUUUGUUCGCCGACCGUGACAUGUGAUCAACUGCUGACAAACGGCAGACUGUCUGAUAUUACCGACGAUUUCGCUCAGCUACGGGUGUGAGUUGGAUCUCAACAUGCUGCGUGGUCUAAUCAAUCGACUGACCGAUUGCAAUUGUCAAGAAGUCGGA